AUGCGUCAAUUAAGAGAUUCCUUUUUACCAUCAAAGUUCAAUUCAAGAAAAUCCAAGUUACCCACAUCGAGUAGCAUAGCGGCUGGUUCUUUAGAGGAAUCCACUCGAUUUUGGGAAGCAUAUCAGGUGGAGGCAGCAUCAUUCGGGCAAUCUGAUAUUACGGAUAUUAUGAGAUGUGCCUUUGAUCGGGAGUUGAUAUUGUCGAUUCCGAACGUCACUAAAUUAGUUGCUUCUCCGCGAAUGUUUCAUGACGAUUUGAGCACAGUUAGUCGAGGAAUGGUGAUGGUUCUUCGAAAGAAAAACUGUUCUAUUCAGUCGAGCUCUACUUCAGAUGAACUUUAUGUAUUAUUUGCUCGGGAAAAUUCUAACAUUGAAAAGUGUAUGAUCAACAAGGCUCACCCAAUUCAGAGCUUAAAACAUCCAAUUGAAAUCAUCACAGCAUAUUACGGACCCACCGAUGUCACAAAAAAGUGUGCGGAAAUCAUUGAUCAACAAGAUGAAAUCUCAAUUCAUGCUUCCAAUCAUGUCUUUACUGACACCUGGCCUGACGUUUUCAAGUCCAUGACGAUCGUGUAUCGAGUAAGGAGAAGCCAUGACGGAACAUAUGGGCCCAUUCGCAUGAAAAUAGUCCCAGAGCAUGAAUACAUUACCAUUAAUCCAAUAUUGGAAGAAGAAUACUUUGAAAACAUUGAUAGCCAGUUACUUGUUCCAAGGGCAGUGGCGUCCAUGAGGCAGGAACAUCUGGCAGCGAUCAACGAUGACGACUAUGAUAUCCUUCCAAACUCUCCAAAUAUUGAAAGACCAAUUCAAAUCAUUCGAGCAGUCUACGGCCUUGGUGAUGUCACCAAGAAAGUUAAGGAAUACUUGAAUCACAAUGGAGAUAGGCUCUGUGUUGCUGCCGAGAACGCCAUCUUUGGAGAUACAUGGCCAGGAGUUGUCAAGUAUUUGCAUGUUUUUUACAAGUUGAAAGGUUCCAACAAUGUUCUUAUAGCCUCAUGCCUGGAACAUGAAACUCUGAACAUUUCAUUUGAUAUUUCAACAACAAAUCAAGAUGAAAAUUAUGAAAACAAAAUUGUGAAGAAAUCAAAGGAGAGAGAUGAUGAGACUGGAGUGUUGCAAGUUCUAGGUGCUGUGCGUGCACAAACAAACCAUACAAAUGAGGCGAAGCAACUUCUUGAAACACCCCAAACGCAAACCAAAAUUUACUCAUUGUCCUUAGACAUGCAUUUUCACAGCACUGAAGCUCCUCUCGUGAUCCUGCUCUCCAUACGAGGAAAGUUAAAAUUGAUCAUUUCAUUACGAGACCUUUGUUUAAAUCCUUUAAUUCAAUUAGGAAGUAUUUAUGACAAAGCUCAUUCAUCUCUAUUUAGAGCAUCUAUUGUGGCUUCUAGAAAUCAAGCGAAGUACACUGCAUUUUUACGCAUGAACAGGAAACGACAAGAAAUUCUAGUCAUAGGGAAGUCUGAACUUCCGGUUAUACUGAUGCAAAAUUAUCUCGUGGACUCGAAAGAAUAUCUAUUCACAAAUUUGAGAACGAACGAGCAAGUGAAUUUCAACCAGCUAUUUUCCAUCGUUUUUAGAAUCAAAGCGACCCAAAAUGGCUCCAUCAAAUUGAAAGAUCAUUUGUUGAUAAUUGAAAAUGCGAAUGUGAAAUUCAAUAUUGCGCUGUUUGAAGUGUAUCCGGAUGAUUUGCUUCGAAACAAAAUGCCAUGCUUCAUUAAGCGUCUCGUUCCUGUAUAUGUGGAUGGGUCAAUACCAGAUGCACCAGGAUUAUCAUUUUCGCCUCGAGACGCUCAACACAAAGCAGUGAUACAAUUGCAUGAUAUUCACAUUCGUCACCAAUGA